CACAGUGGCGAACUAUCGCAUCGUACGCUCAGUCGACCGGUGACACUCGCACGCUCGUACCUUACUCCGCACUAUUAUCAGUCUUUGCGUUCUUCUUAACAAGUGCCUGUCUUCGUGUCUUUUCCAUUUUCCUGAUAAAUUGUCCAAGAUCACGAGAACGCAUUUCGCAGCUUGCAGUGAUUUCGUCUCUUGGUUCAUUUGCCUACACCAGUGAUCCGCAACGCUUGCAGGUACAAGUCAACAUGGGCGGACUCACCCAGAGACCGUGGACACCAACCAAGAGACGAGGACCGAUCGCCGCUGAGUUUGUAACCCCCGGUCCAGCCUGUGUCACUCUUCCAUCUCUCAUAGGUAAAACGACGACAGACUCGAAAAAAGGUAGAGCUCCAGCUUUUUCCUUCGGCAGCAGACACUCUGCUAAAAAUGAAAGUCCAGGACCCGGACCUGGACAAUACAACAUUUCUGGCCUUAGUGCAAAAGGAAGAGAUGUGGCACCCUCAUUAUCAUUGCAUGGGCGUACGAAAUCCGGAAAAAUCGAAACAACGCCAGCACCUGGUGACUAUGAUCCACAGAAGGCUGAGAAAGUCAUUCUCGAUAGUUCUCCUAAAUUUUCAUUUGGUAUCAAGACGAAAGUAGAAAAAGUAGAUCAAACGCCCGCUCCUGGAAUUUACAAAACUGAAGUUGUAAAAUUUGAUCACGCUCCCGAGUUUUCUUUCGGGAUAAAACAUUUAGCAGAUAAACCAGAAGAAAUUCCUGCACCGGGCACCUACUGCCCAGAAAAGGUUCACUUGGACAAAUCUCCCGAGUACACAUUUGGACAGCGCACUACCGUUGAGAAGCCUAAAGAUACUCCAGCACCCGGCACAUACUAUCCUGAAAAAGUGAACUUGGACAAGGGUCCUCAGUUCACUAUCAGUGGGAAACAUCUGGCGAAGAAGUCCGACGAUGUACCUGCCCCAGGAACUUAUUCACCAGAAAAAGUGACCCUCGACAAAAGCCCGCAAUAUAGCUUCGGGCAUAGGACUUCUAUAGGCAAGAUGAACGACACUCCUGCUCCAGGUACCUACCAUCCUGAAAACGUAAAUUUAGAUAAAGGUCCAGAGUAUAGCAUCACUGGCAGGCAUUAUUAUGAUAAAACGGAUAGUAGCCCAGCUCCAGGAACUUACUCUCCUGAAAAAUUUGUACUCGACAGUACUCCACAAUAUACAUUUGGACGCAGAACUUCUAUCGACAGGUUGAGCGAUACUCCUGCCCCAGGAACGUAUUGUCCAGAAAAAGUAAAUUUUGAUAGAGGUCCGCAAUUCAGCAUAAGUGGUAAACAUUACGUCGAAAAACCAGAUGAUAAACCUGCUCCUGGUACUUACUCGCCGGAAAAAUGUAAUUUAGAUAAAAGUCCAGAGUAUACUUUUGGACGACGUACAUCAAUAGAUAAACUCAACGAUAGCCCUGCUCCAGGCACGUACUGUCCUGAAAAUGUAAAUCUAGAUCGUGGCCCGGAAUACAGCAUUAGCGGUCGCCAUCACAUUGAAAAAUUGAACGAUACACCUGCUCCAGGAACCUAUGCUCCGGAAAAAGUUGUCCUCGAUAAGAGUCCCGAGUACAGUUUUGGAAUCAAGAUCUCCACAGAUAAGCCAAGUGACAGUCCCGCUCCCGGCACUUAUUGCCCCGAAAAAGUUAAUUUAGAUAAGGGGCCUGAAUUUAGCAUAGCUGGUAAAGGGCGCGAAGAGAAACCGAGCGAUACACCAGCACCUGGCACAUAUUGCCCGGAAAAAGUUAAUUUAGAUAAAGGGCCUGAAUUUAGCAUAGCUGGGAAAGGCCGUGAAGAAAAACCAAAUGAUACACCAGCUCCUGGAUCGUAUUGCCCGGAAAAAGUUAAUCUGCAAAAAGGACCGGAGUAUAGUAUAAGUGGAAAACUCAUUCACGAGAAAUCAAAUGAUAAUCCAGCUCCUGGCACUUAUUUUCCCGAGAAAGUAAAUCUUGACAAAGGUCCGCAAUACACAAUAAGUGGAAAAGGUGCGGUUGAAAAAUCAAAUGAUAUUCCAGCGCCGGGAACAUAUUCUCCAGAAAAAGUUAAUCUGCAUAAAGGACCUGAGUAUAGUUUAAGCGGUAGACUACAUUACGAAAAGCCAAGUACUACUCCAGCUCCAGGCACAUACUGCCCAGAAAAAGUUAAUUUUGGCAAAGGACCAGAGUUUUCCUUAAGCGGUAAACACAUUCUAGAGAAACCGAAUGAUGUACCAGCACCUGGAACAUAUUGUCCUGAAAAAGUAAACUUAAAAAAAGGACCGGAAUUUAGUAUAAGCGGAAAACAGACUUAUGAAAAGCCAAACGAUACGCCAGCACCUGGCACAUACUCUCCUGAAAAAGUAAACAUCAAUAAAGGACCAGAAUUUAGUAUAACUGGAAAACAAACAUUUGAAAAAGUGAACGAUACACCAGCACCAGGAACCUACAACCCUGAAAAAGUAAAUCUUGAUAAAGGGCCACAAUUUUCAAUAAGUGGAAAACACUAUGUAGAAAAACACAACGCUAUACCAGCACCGGGUACCUACUGUCCUGAAAAAGUGAAUUUAGAUAGAGGUCCACAGUACAGUAUAUCUGGUAAAGCUUCUCCUGCAAAAUUAAAUGAUAAUCCAGCUCCUGGCACAUAUUGCCCGGAAAAAUAUAAACUAGACAAAUCUCGUGAAUAUACGUUUGGAAUCAAAUCACAAAGUGAAAGAUUAAGUCUUACUCCAGCUCCAGGAACAUAUUGCCCAGAAAAUGUCAAUAUAGAUAAAUCUCCACAAUAUAGUUUUGGGUGCAGAACAUCCAUUGAAAAAUCCAAUAACAUACCAGCUCCUGGGACUUAUAGUCCAGAAAAAGUAAAACUAGACAAUUCACCUCAGUACAGUUUUGGUUUGAAAGUAGAACAUCAAAACAAAGAGCAUCUUCCAGGCCCAGGUCAAUACUCUCCCGAAAAAUCGAAAGUAAUCUUGGAAUCUACUUGUAGUUAUACAUUCGGCUCCAAAACUUCAACUACAGAAAUCAAAAGAAUUCCCGCUCCCAACGUGUAUAAUAUACCAUCGGUGCUUGGUGGCACGAAAGAGAGCAACAUCAAGACAGCACCGGCUUUUUCAAUAUCAGGGCGACAAAAAGUGUUCACGGAUUUUCGAGUUUUGGUACCAGGACCUGGCUCUUACGAGUCAAUCAAGCCGGAUGCCGUGAGAUCCAAGAGUCCUGCUUACAGUAUCAGCGCGCGCUACCAGACACCAAACGAUCGUUCGCAGAUACCCGGUCCCGGAGCUCAUUGUCCUGAGAAAGUAGUAUUAGAUGUGCCUCCUGCGCAUACUUUCGGCAUCAGACACUCGCCUUUUAUUUGCGACUUGAAGGAUGCUGUGUGCUGAACACCAUAUGUUGCUCUAGAUGCAAAGCUAUUCCACCAUUUUAUGUUUUUAUUUAUCAGACUGUAAAAUAUCUGUUUCUCCAAUUAGAUUACGAUUUUCAUUUAUAAUAUCUAUUUUGCAUACGUCACGGAAAUCUUUUGGCACAAACAAUCCAUUGAUUAUAUUUUUUUGAUUUCAUUGCGGCCACAUGUUCCUAAAGCCUUGGAAAAUUACAAAAAAAAAUACUUUUUUUCCACUAGUCAAUAGCACUGGAUUGUUUAAACUUCGUUGACGUACAAAUUAUUAAUUUAUAUAUAUAUGUAUAUUAUACAUAUGCUACCCCAUUUCAUAAUCUAUAUCGCUUAUAAAAAAUUAUUCUUUUAUAUUUUUCUAAAUAUGUAGCUAAAACACUCAAACUUCCUGUAGUUCUUUUGUAAAAUAAAAUAAAUAAUUAUAAGGAUGUUUUAUUUGACUAAGAUGCAUUGAAAUUAAUCAAGUCAAAAGGAUUUGUAACUCUCAAAUAUUUAAUACAAAAAAAGAAAUACAACAUACUAAACGAUUAAUAAUAACAUAAUACAGUCAGUAUUUUCCCAAAAUAGUGCUUUAUGUAAAAAUUGUUUGUUUAAUUACUGGUUAGUAAAUGCGUUUUUGUAUACAAUAAAACAAAUAAUUAAGGCAGCCCUUGUUUCUCAUACACAUUUUGGCCAUUGAAAAGGUCACAGCUAUUCCGAUCGCUAAUAACUAUUCCAAAAAGCUUAUGGAAUAUUAAUAUUGCAAUGUAUAUUUUGCACUAGAUACUUAC